AGAUGCUCUGCUGGGUUUGAGGAGGAGCAAUUACCCGUUCCUUUUUGCUGUGAGAAGCAUUUUGCUGUGAGCCAGUGAAGCAUGCCUGAUGGAAAGCGAGCUGGAUCCAAAACUACGGUGACCUUCUCUGUCCCUGGCACAGGCUGGUGGUUCAGAAUGGAUCCUCUCUUCCCUGCCCAUAUUUUGGAAGACCCUGACCUGAGAAAGCUGCUGAAUGACUCCUCCAUGCUGAACCUGAGCUUUCUCCCCAGUAACUGGUUCAACAACGGCACAGGGGACAGCUUUCUGCCACUGGGCAUCAAGAUCACCAUCGUGGUUGUCUACUCCAUCGUGUGCAUCGUGGGGCUGGUGGGCAACUGCUCCGUCAUGUAUGUGAUCGUCAGAUUCACCAAGAUGAAGACAGCGACCAACAUUUACAUCUUUAACCUCGCUCUGGCUGAUACCUUGUGUCUGAUGACCUUACCCUUUCAGGGUACAGACACGUUCUUGGGCUUCUGGCCCUUUGGCAAUGUCCUCUGCAAAAUUGCCAUCUCCAUAGACUACUACAACAUGUUCACAAGCACCUUCACCCUGACAAUGAUGAGCGUGGACCGCUACAUCGCUAUCUGUCACCCCAUCAAAGCACUGGAUAUACGCACUCCCCACAAGGCCAAAGUGGUGAACGUGUGCAUCUGGGCGCUGGCUUCUGUCUUUGGCAUCCCAGCAAUGGUGAUGGGAUCUGCAGAGAAUGAAAACAACGAAAUUGAUUGUCUGAUCAAACUCCCAUCACCUGUGGAUUACUGGGAUCCUGUGUUUGGCAUAUGUGUCUUUCUCUUCUCCUUUAUGAUCCCUGUGUUGAUCAUAACCAUUUGCUACAGCCUCAUGAUCAGGCGACUCAAGAACGUCCGUGUCCUCUCAGGCUCCAAGGAGAAGGACCGAAACCUGAGGCGCAUCACCCGAAUGGUGCUGGUGGUGGUGGCAGUCUUCAUUAUUUGCUGGACUCCUAUCCAGAUUUUUGUGCUGGUCCAGUGCUUGGGUGCCAAGGCAGAAAGCGAGCUCGAGUUGGCCAUCUCCUGCUUCUGCACCGCGCUGGGGUAUGCCAACAGCAGCCUGAACCCAGUGCUGUAUGCCUUCUUGGAUGAGAACUUCAAGGCGUGCUUCAAGAAGUUCUGCUUCCCCACGGCCUUCAGGACCGAGCUCCAGAUGUCCAACAGGAUGUGCAGCAUUGCCAAGGAUGUGGCUUACGCCUGCAAGAACUCGGAGGGGACUAACAAUCCGGCCUGACUAGGCAUGGAAAUUCCCAUGGUGGCUGUUGCCCAGCAGAGUCCAACCACCCCCACGUCAGAGCUAACUCAGAUUACGGCUCUUUAGCAGGACCUCAAAACUAAGAGGCAAGAAACCUCAGAGGCAAUUUUGGGGGUUGGGAAAACUGGAUCCUGCAAGAGCAUGCAGAAAAAGUGAGCCGAUUUGAUGCAUUUUUAAUUCCAGUGCCCUCUGCACUAAAUAACGUGUUUGAAGUCAGCCCUUUGAUUUCUAAGAACCCGUGGUGGUUUGCAACGUUAUCAAGAAUUCAGGAAUCAAGGAGUUUAAGCCAGGCAUUGCUCCUGGGCCUUAUGUUCUUGCUGCUGGGAGACAGACAAAAUGUAAACUAUGCUUUUUCCUCCUUGAGCUGUUUAAGAUGCUCUUGGCUCACCAGGCACUUGCGUGUGGAUCUUACUCCUGCGGCAUUGCUCUGAAAUUAGACUUCGCUGAAGCCAACGUGGGGAACAGCCGUCAGACAAAACCCUAGAUCAUCUCCAGGAUGAGUCAUCAUGCAGGGAAGGGAGUAGGGAAGGAGCAGAGAACAGACUGGCAGAAAGGGAAAUCCAAACUGUCCGGAGCCGGGUGAGGUGCCUGACUGCAAGUCUUGGCUCAAAGCCUGGGGACAAGAACAACGCCAGAUCCUGCAGCCAGAGCCCUGCAAUAAGCCCUCCACCUCAAGGGGAGACGAGGGUGGUGAGAAGGGACUGUCAAAACUGAUGAAUGUAGCCCGGAAGAGGUGAAGGAAAGACAGACAAAAUGAACACAAAUCCUUGUUUACAUGCUGCUAUUGCUUUUUUAACCCUGUAUUUUCAGUAAAAUAAUGGACAAUGCGUAUCUAUAUAGACACAUACACUUCUCUAUAUUACUGUAGGUACAGAUAUAUCAUAGGAUUUCAUCUUGCCAAGCAUGCCUUGGAGAGCUUUCCUCGUGAGAGGAGAAGGGAAGGAAGUGACCUAAAUGAACAUGUAUUUAUGUAUAGGGGAAAGUCAUUUCAAAAGAGCUGGGAUGGCAGCUCCUCCAAAAAGACAACAUUUCUGAUAGGAGGGAUGCAGCCUAGGACGUUCUCACCGGCUCCAUGUGAGAAAUGGUGUACAAAACAUACCAAAAAGGUGGGGGUUGUCUUUCUUUUAAAUGAAAUGAUACAUAUGAAGUGGAAAGAGCAAGCCCCUUUCCCCUCGAGAGCUUGGGAGAUGCUGCUGAGGAGCCACCCCUCCUGCCAGCUGUAGAUCCUGCCCUGGUAGGACAGAAAUGUAUGUAAAAUGAAAUGUCCUGUUAUUUCAUUUGAAAUGGGAGCAUUUCUGGAGAGUUUGGCCUCGGAGUGCCCUCUGCGUGGGCAGGGAGGGCUGGCUUGUAUUUCCCCGUCCCGCAGCAGCCCUGCGAACUGUCAGGAGUAGUGGUGAGCGGAGCUGACUGGGAAAUAAAGCGAUAAUCUCCAUUUGGAAAUGGGUGAUCAACUCCAGUGUGAGAGAUGGCAGCAGCAUCUGAACUGUACAGUUUUCAUGUGAAUAUAUUUCUUGUGCUCUGGUCUGAGAUUCUGUAUUUUUAAUGUAUUGAUUUGCCAAUGUUUUAAUGCUGUCAUGUUCUUUACAAAUGCUAUAUAAAAGAAUUCAAUGUUAUAUUUCUAGCUAGAGAGUUUCCCUUAUGGUUGGGCUUAAAAUAUAGAUGCAAUUCCAGUGUCCCACAUAGAGGACCCACAUUCCUUGUAAACUGCACAAGCUGGAAGAAUUUUCUUGCUGAUUAGCAUUUGAUUGGGAAGCUGGAGGAAUACCAGAGACAACUUUACAAAUAGCACUUUGCCUGAAUAAAGGGGGAGGGAGGGAGAGGAAAUCUGGGCACUUUAAGCACUUUGCAGUGGACGUUUACCCCAAGCACUAACUGGGAAAUUUCAUACAACUACCUAGGCCAAAACCCCAAGCAUGCUAAAAAGUAUUGCCUGAGAACCUCACUGCGGGCAAGCUGCAUCCAUGCCCCUGGAAAAUUAGUUUAGUGGGCUCUUAUGCUCACGGAUUCAAUAAAAGCGUUGGCCAGUGAACAGCCUCAGUUCUUCUGACCCCAUCAGCUGUCAUGCAGUUGACAGAGCUGCGAGCGCGUUUGUACAUAAAGCUGUGGAAUGGCCGUGGGGCUUUUCUUGCAGUGCCCUCAGGGAGCAAGAAAGAGUUUGGUAGUGGCUGGCUAAGGAGCAGCUGCCCUCCCUUUGUCGUUCUCAGUUGGGUUUUUAAAUAGAUUUAUGUCCUCUGAAAAUAUAUCAGUAUUUGGCAAUUUUUAUAAUUUUGUUAUAAUGACAAUGCUGCAAUGAUCUUGCAUAAUCAAGUACUUGAUAAAUGUGUUUACUAAGCUUUUGGGUAAUUCUGUGGCCCUUGCAGUGAAUGUGUUUAGACAUUCUGUUCAAUGCUCAGUGGAGUUUGUUAUAAGAGCAAGAAACCUGAAAGCAAAAGCUUUAUUGUACUGUGCCUAUGGAAUUAAAGGCUCGUGAUCAGCUGGCUGGUUGAAA